AUGGCCAAUAUGACUGAGUUAAAAAAGGCUUGUAAAGUCCAAGUGCUUGUACGCUUACGACCAGAACAUUCAGAAUAUAAAGAGGAAAGCAAUAGCGAUGGAAUUCCGAAGCGCUGUGUUCGCGCAGUUGAUUCCUCCACACUAGAGCUUUGGAACUGCAGAAAUUCUGAAGAGUCAAUUCGAUACCGGUGAGUAUUUAGGGAGUAAAAUUAUGCGGAUAUCUGCAGAUCAUGUCAUAAAAACCUCAAUAGCACGGUAUAUAUAAUGAUCUGUAUGUGUCGAUCGACCUGUGAAGAUCUUCAUCAAAGUGAUCUUAGAGUCAGCAAAGGCGAGGUCACCUGCUCAUCUGGUUCUGCACUCUUGGGAUCAUUGCUUGGACUAAAAACUCGGAUACUGUAACAAUUCAAGUCAGUCAUUAACUUCACAAACAUACUUGCAUUGUACAGAACUGACAGGAGGAGAGUAUGAGUGAAGCAGUUCGUUUAACUCUCUGAGAACUCUGUUUUCCAUGUGUCUUGACUCUAAUAAUAAAUCGGAACUCCACGCCUUGUGGUAAUAUUGCCUGCUAUCUGUUUUAGUUUUCAUAAGUUUUUUGACGAAGACAGCACUCAGGAAAAAAUUUACCACAACUCAGUUUGUCCAUUGAUUCCCUUGAUGUUACAAGGACAAAAUGCCAGUGUGUUUGCUUACGGUCCUACUGGAGCAGGUAUGGAAAGUUUUUAUGUAUAGACAGGCGAACAAACAAACGAAUAUCUGCUGUUCCUUAACAAGUAUGUCAAAGUAAACCUGAAUUAGGAAAACUGUUAUGCGGUUCAUUUGAAUAUUUUGAUGACUCUACAUGUAUUUUCUGCUAUCAGAAAGAGUUCAUCAACAAAUUAGCAGGAAAAGGUACAUGCACACUGUUUGGUAACGCAGCUUUUAUGUAUGCAAGGUACAGAACAUGGUCGUUAGGAUGACAAGCUAGUUACAUUUAUUUGUUGUAAAUAGUAUAAGAAUAUUGUAUAGUAAAUAUUAAUUACAACUGGCCUGACUGUAAACCGGAAUGAUGUGGGUGCCCUGCUUGCAAUGGUAAUAGGUCUGAGUGAAGUCCAAUUCUGUCUGGAAUCAUACAAGUGAUAGAGAAAAUCUGAUGACCUUAAUGUGGAAAUCCGACCUGUCAAUUACAAGUAUGAUAACAGACAGAAUUUAAUGACACAAAACCAUGUUUACAAUUAGUCAAAACUAUGACAAAAUUUAGGAAUGAACCAAUCAUCAGUUAUAGGUUUUCAACUGAAAAAAAAGAAAAACCUCAGUCAACUCAAUACAACUGCAUGCUCAUAUGACAUGUACACUGUCUAUUGGUGCUGAAAUUGGACAGUGAUAACCAAUCAUGUUUGAUUUUUUAAUAGCUAGGAUUGAUUAAAAUAUCUUUAUUACUAUUAUUAUCGUUACUGGUAGUAGAUUAGAAGGUGAAGAGCCAUUUAGUGGAAGCACUUUAAUGUUGUUAUUAUUUAAAUGGGUUUUCCUUUUCCAAGAGAUUCAUAGUUCUUCCCACAAUUGAAUUUUUGACAGAGAGAGAUCCAAACGAAAAAAAAACUGUCAAUGAUAAGCUCCCACCUACUAGUGAUUUAGCAGAGUUCAAGUUUGUUUGAACAGAGGUUAAGUGCUCUGAGGAAAGUAAACAGACAUGUGCUAUGAGAAGUGGCAAAAAGCCUGAAUGAUAUUUCCUUGUUUUAAUCUUUCCCACUAACUGAAGGGAAAACACACACAAUGGUUGGCUCACCAGAUGAACCAGGUGAGUAUAAAGACACUGAGUAUCAUUUAUAACAACUCUGUGGUAAACAAAGAACUUUUUCACAUUUGCUUUAAGUGGGGUACAAAGAAAAAACUCCUAGUCUCCUGCAAGGCUUUAAACCCUAUGCAGUUCUUCUUAAGAUGACUAGCUAUGCUAUAGACUAGGUCUCUGAUUCGCAAUUGUUGUACUCUUGUAAUUCUGACCAUGGUUACAUCUCUCAGGUAUAUAUAGGAGGUGUGCUCUUAUCAGUCAAUUUUGCAGUUCAUAUUUCACUGCACAGUCUAUAAAGAUAAAAAGUUUGUUUGAACUGAGAUCUUUCCCCAUUAUUUGAACCCAGAGAUGUAAUAACACCUUACUAACCUUGAUUUCUCAGUCUGUACUGUAACUUGUUUUUUACUCCACUCAGGUUUAUGGCCUGCGUACCUCGUGCUUUGGCCAUAAAUCAAAGUGGAAAAAGUUGGUCCAUAUAUAUGGUACAGACCUUGAACUUGUUUAGCAAGGGUAUUUACAAGCAUAUGUAAUAUGUAGAGCAUUCUGUUUGGCUGAGAUAAAUUUUGUAAAACUUAUUUAUUGGUCAAACAUGCUUGUGCUUUGUGUGUACCAACUUUCAUUAAAUCUGAUGCAUUGUUUAUCAGAGUUAAAUCUCAUACAUUGGAAUGGGAAGGAGUGAGUGAGGGGAAACAGACACAGUAUGCUUAUGUUCCUUACUCAAAAAGAGAUAUUACAUUGCUUAAAGUUCCUAAAUUCAGAGUAAAAAACACUUAUCACUUCUACCAUAACUAGUAGUACAAUUGUUCUAAUUCUGAUAGGGUUAAUACCAAGGUGCGCUGCUGAACUGUUCAAACUGAUAGAUACUCACCACCAGGAUCCAACUGUUCCAUGGAAAUACAAAGUUUUGUUUUCAUAUCUUGAAAUAUACCAAGAGAAGGUAGGCAAAAUUUAUCAGUACACAGAUGUAAUUGUUGAUGAUAUACGUACUUGAGGGGUUGAAAAACUUCUGACUGAAAUCUGGGAAAAUGAAAAAAGCAAUUCUGGCUGUGGUUGGUGAAAAGUAUAACGACCUCAAAAGAUUCAACUUGUGUGUGCAAGACUUAAUAAGCUUGGCAAUGUGAUUGCUCCCUUUGAGGUUAUAAUGUUUAAAUUAUUCCAAUGACAAAUUUUGUCUCCAAUUUAAUUUGGUUCAGCAGCUCAAAUAGAACAUUACACCCCUGGUUUCUCUAGGAUGUAUUUUGCUUGCUUGCUCACUCAGAAGCCCUCUAACUACUAUAGCUACAUGUAUACAUACACCUUGCAUGUAACUACUAAUCACUUUUCUUCAAAUUAAAAUAAUGGUCAUUUGUUUUUUGCUGUGAGUAGUAUCCAUAUGUAAUAUACUUUCCUUCAUGUUAGAUUAAAGACUUGUUAGAUCUCAAUAAGGAUGAUUUACUGAUAAGACAAGACCAGCAACAAAAUAUCUUCAUCCCAAAUUUGACAGAGGUAAAUAUAAUUUUUUUUAAUUUUGCAAAAAAAGGUGAUGAAUAUAAGUUAGUAUUUCAACUUUGAGUGUACACUUAGGAUUGCUUACAAUUUACCUGUAUGUAUAGUACAUGUUAAUAAAAUAUGUUUCAUAGGUUGCAUCUGUUCCAACAUCUCUUGGCUUUGUCUAUAAGGCUCACAAAAUAUUUCAGUAAAUUUGUAAAUUCAUUACCUGGUUAGCACUAGGGUGUUUGUGAGAGACCUGAUUGGAAGAAUUUAAAUAACAAUUUUAGUAAUAUUCUGUAUUGUGGCAAAUUGCUAUGCUACUCCGAAUAUUUUUUGCAAGCCAAAAGAUUUGCCAAUUUUAAAUAAUCUUAUUUAUUCCAGAUGGAAAUAGAAACACUGGGUGAGUUUAUGUCCUUGUUCAUAAAAGCCAGCCACCAAAGGUUCGUAUUUCUGUUAUUUAGGUAUUAUUUAACACCGUUGAACCAGAAUUAAGCUGCACCACAUAAAGCAGUCACUCUGUUUUAAGUGGUUAGUUGUCAAAGUCACAAUUGGUUUGUCCCCUUUCUAACAGUGAUUUUCACCUCUAUGAAGUGGUCGCCUGUAUUUAGUGGUCCUGGUCACCCUUUACCAAGUCCCAAUGGCCUUUCUGUAUUCUCUUCCACCUGUGUUGAACAGUCAUUCAAAGUGGAUCCACUCAAAUAAAACUGAGACUAAUCUUUCAAGGAAAGUGUAAUCCACGUCUAUCUCUUGAAAUCAAUGCUAGUUGUAUUUUUGAGCAAGUUUUCGUGUACUGAGAGGUAAAUAAUGGAAUGAAAUGGCAUAUUUUGUUAUAACCUCCCUAUUCUGUGGAACUUGUAUUAAGCUGUCAAUAUGUAUGAAGCAGUUACCCUGCCAUUCCCCAUGGGUGAUCUCUUUAGUAUUCUUGAACAUGAUCUUCACAGUCAUUAUUAGAUAACUUAUAAAUAUUAUCUGGCAUCAUGACCACCAGAAAAUGAUAGAGUGUGAUGUUAAGGCAUGUUACUGUGACACUGUCCAUACUUACUGUUACUAGAGGCUACUUUGAACCAAGGUAGGGGAUGUUCUUCAAAGGUUGAGCACUAUAAUUAUAUUCAGUAAUUUUGUGCUUAUCCUCUCUCAGAAAAACUGCAGCAACAAAGUUGAAUCCACAAUCAAGCAGAAGCCAUUCUAUUGUGUUGAUACAGGUACAUUUAGAUAUGAGCACCCUAGGUCAUUCCCUUGUAUUAUCUUCUGUAUCUUCUGACUUAUUUGCAUUGUAAAAUGUUAAGAAUCAGUAACUGAAUUGUGAAUUAACGGAACCAAAUGAAUAAAUGAGUACAAUAUCAAUAACUUGCAAAUUUUUCUUUAUCAUGAUUCUUUUCAGGUUCAAAAACACAAACAGGUGGCUCCAGUCAUGAAACUCAUUGGUAAGUUUUAUCUUAUUGACCUAGCAGGAUCAGAGGACAACAGAAAAACUGGGAAUGAGGGAAUAAGGUACUUUUAUGCUGAAGUGUGUUUGUGAUGAAUCAUAAUUUUGAAUGUCAGUAGAGAAAUUGAAUGAGGAAACUAUCUUUUCAGUGAAUCAGGCAAACUGAGCAUAAGUAACUCCAAAACAAUUGUUAAGAGAAUUUAACACUGUCACCUCAUGUUCCCAAUGUGAAGCUCUGGCCAACUAAACCGUGAGGCCAGUAAUGUCAGGAUCACAUCAUUUUAUGACUGUACUGUUACAGUAAAAGAGGUGGAUAUGAAUUUGUGUAUUAACCCUUCAACUCCCAUGAUCUGAUCGUCAAUUUUCCCCUCUAGCUGCACACACUUCCUUUUAAGUUAGUUACCAGUUUUUGGUGUUAGUUGAAGAUAACUUUAACCUGACAUUUUUUAGUAUUCUUAUUGCCUGUUUGCUGGAUAAUGUAUGAAUAAUAAAGGAAGAAGUUUGUGGUUAAUCACCUCAUGGACUUAAAGGGUUAAAUGAAUCAUAUAUUUCUUUAACACAAUUCAGAUUUGUGUGCUUAACUUUGAAGAUCAUUCCAUUAUUUCUUGAAAUAACCUUGCCUUAUUUCUCAAUGAUUUAUCUAAUCAUUUAAUGUGAAAGUGGAGUUGGAUGUUUUUCUCACUAAAAGUUUGAGGUUUGAUUCUCCUUGAGAAUCAGAAGGUGCUAGGACUUUUCAAGUAUCAGCUACUAGGUUUUGGAAUUCACUUCCCAAUGAAAUUAAGAGUAGCUCUAGUUUAGAAAUUUUAAAGAAGUCUUUGUACAAGUAUUUUUUGGACUCCUAUAAAGAUGUUCAUCACUUUACUAUAGCUUAGGCUAUUCUAUUUUAUUCUCAUAUACUUUAUAUUAACCCUUAGAUGAUUCAUAUUGUAAUUGUUUAAUCAGCUAGUCUUAAUUACUUCAUUAUUUAUUUCUAUUUGUGUUUAUUACUUUGUUUUUGAGGGCCACAAAUUUAUCAGUAUUUUAUACUGUCAAGUGCCACCCUCAAAAAAAUAAAGUUGAUUAUUAUUAUUCCCCAAUUGGAGAUUCAGAAUUUUUCCUUGUUCCACACUUAAUUGUGACUAAAGGUAAAAUGUCUGUCUCAAUUUCUUCAUAAAGCCCAAAAUCUACCCUCCUUCUUAUUCUACUUAUUCUAUUUACAAACAUGAUGCUAAUGACACUACUGAUCCUUCUAAGCAAUAUGCAGGGCGUCUGUCACAUAUGAACUUUGUAAUGGCCUUGCUCACUAUAGAGUCUCUAUGGCUCAGUGGUAGAGCAUUAGAGCGUGGAAUCUGAAAGGUCUGGGGUUAGAUCCUUCAUGGGGACUCAGAAUAUUUUCUUUGUCCCAUACUCAUGACAAGACAAAAUCUUUCUCUAGUUUCUCUCUGUGUUUUAAAUUUGGAGCUUUUCUUGUGUUCCCAUUGAUUUUUACUUACAUACCUGGUACUUAUGAGAAAACAACUUUCUCCUACCUGUAGGUUGAAAGAAAGUGGUGCAAUCAACAGCUCAUUGUUUGCUCUUGGACAGGUUGUUGAUGCCUUGAACCGGGGUUUGGUAGGUUUGGAACAGUUCUGUAUAAAAUAUAGAACUGUAUAAAAGAAUUUAGGAGGGUUUUAAUAACUUCUGAUCAGAAUCAGAUUGAGAAAUUCCACAAAAAGGCACAGUUGGAAUUGAAAAUUGAUAAGUGGCAAAGGAUAGCUUGAAAUAGCUAACUAACACUGCUGAGAAAUUUUGAUUUUUAAUCAUGAAGUUUGAAGAAACAAUUGAAGAGUUUCUUUCAAACUCAGAAAAUAAUCAACGCCUAAAGUAUGGGUAACCAUUCAAUUUCAUAUAAUAAGCUCAGUUAUGCACGCAUUCUGAUUGGUUCUCACUUAUGAUCUAUUGGAGGACAGACGUAUAGAUAAUGUCAUCAUUAAAACUUUUUUUCCGUAUAUCUUACCGGUAAUUCUUUAUUAUACAAAACAAAUAGAUUCCAAGUUGCCAUGCAUCUGUUCAGUAAUAGAUCACAGAGGACAACAAAAUGUGGUAAGAACAUCAGUGACACACUCAGCUGCGCCUCGUGUGCCACUUUUUUGUUAUUACCACGUUUUUUGACAUCAUCUGUGAUCUAUUACUGAACAGAUGCAUGGCAACUUGGAAUCUAUUUGUUAAUGAGACAAACUGAAGUCAAUUCAAUACAUCAACAAAGUACAUUUGAUACAUGUAGCAAAUCAAUUUGAUACAACUCAAGUCAUUUCCAUACAAAGUAAGGCAUAAAUUUGGAGGUUUUCAUGUGCAUAUGGUACAAUAAACCAAAGUGCCCAAAGUGCAGCUAGGUGCUUCUUCAAAGAUAACAUUUAAAAGUGAAGUUGGAUAAAUAACUUUAAAAAUUUAGCAAAACAACAUAUAGGACCCUAGUGCAAUGACCUGAGACAUAAACUAAGACACUUAAGCUAAGUGGUCAUCAGCAAAAUAACUCAAAGUCAAAACAACUGCAAUUCAAAGUAUGUCAUGAAAAAAUCACUGCAGAAAUAUUUCAAGCUUUCAUGUUUUUCUCAGUUCAAUCAUAAGACAGCAUUUUUUUUUACAUAGUGUCAGGUACCCUACAGGAACAGCAAAUUAACACGCCUUCUUCAGGUAUGAAAACCUCAUUACAUGAAUAUUCCACAUCUGAAUUAUUAUCAUCUUUGGUUAAAUGAUAGCCCAUUUAAAGAAACAAUAAGGCCAAACUUAAACCUAUUUACUACCACAUUGACCAUUUAAUGUAGUUAGGCCAUUUUGACUGGUUGGACCAUUUAACACAGUAACUGUAAAGUGAAGCCUGUACUAUCUCAAAAUUGUCAACAACUUAGCUGUAUGUUUUAAGUACAAAAAAAGCAUUAAAGAGUUUCAGUUUCUUGAUUAACACUUGGUCCUGAAAACUAUUUUUUGUUCCUUACAAGUGCUUGAAGAGUCUUGAAUUAUGUUUGUUUGAAGUUCUACAAACCAUAGAGACCAUUUUCUGGUUUGAUCAUUUUAUUUGCUUGGAUAAUUUUAACCAGUUGGAACAUUUUCUUUAAAUAGGCCACUUGUAUCAGUUGCAGCACUCUUAGCAAUAAAACCAUUUUCAUCCUAACAACCAAUAAAUCUUGUGAGACCAUUUUUAAGUGGUAGGACCAUUUUAUCUGGUUGGAUCUUUUAUUUGAUAGGACCAUUUUAACCACUUGGACCGCUUUCUCUAGCUAUAUCAUUUCUACCAGAUGGACCAUUUUCUCCAGAAAGACCAUUUACUAUCAGUGGGAGCAUUUUAACCUUUCCAUUCAAAUUUUAAGUUUUAAUACUUAUCUUAAAAGUUCUAUCUUCCUUAUCUGUCUGAUUAACCCAUUAGGACUCACUCGGUGGUUCAGCACAUUCUUGUAUGAUUGCCAACAUUGCACCUGAAAUGAGGUUCUAUGCAGAUACGGUUAACACUCUGAACUUUGCUUCCAAGUCAAGAACUAUGGUUAACCAGCCAUUUGUCAGAAGAACAAUUGGUGAGUGUUGGAUCAAAAUCUCUCAACUCAGUAUAACUCCUGUGUUUAGUUUGCAUUAUUUGACCUCUUUUUUUCCACAGGCCAUGAUCAUAGAUGUUAUAUAUGCUGCAAUAAAUGAUCCUACUUAUAUGUAACAUUGAAGUAAAGAUAACAAAGCCCUCUGACUCUCCAUCUGUAACCAUAUUCAUUCUUUUGUGGUUUACUACUUUAGUGUUACAUCACAGCUGUUGCUGGAAAUUAAGUGGCAAAGCUUCUUCAAGAAGUCCUUGUAGUGUUCCUGAUUCAUAGCCUGCAAGCGCAAUUAUGGUGCAACCAAUCAGUUGUAGACUUCUCCACUCUGAUGUUGUUUAUCUUUCUCAGAUUUAAGACUUUUGAUUCUUACGCCAUUGUUGUCCCAUUUUCCUUUUUCAGGCAAGUCGUUGACCUAUAAGAGAUAUAGAGAUGUGGCUUUACCUCUGAGUCGGGUAUGCACAGAGUUCAAUUUCACUAUGUCAAAUUGUUGAGUUGAAAAACAUGAACAGAGUCAGAGUAUGACGCUUGAAUUAUCCUGGUGCACAGACAGAUGGCUGGGAACUGUUUGAAGCCAAAGGUAGCAAUGAUAGAUCUGUCAUUUAUGAACAAUAUUCUUGUACCAGUGCCACAGCCACAGCAUAAGGAAGGCUGCCUGCUGUGUGACAAAUGCCUUUUAAAACAUACAAGAAGGUCGCAACUCGGAAGAGUUUAUUGUCAAUAUUUUCUGAGGAAGAGUUGAUUGUUUUAACUUUUUCAACUUUACUGGAACGAAUGUAGUUAAUUAGUCAAAUUAUUCUGUAGGCUAAACGACACAAGAUGGAUGAUUCUUCAGCAACACAUGAGCUUUCAAAGGUGAAAACUUUUCUGAAAAAAUAACUCAAUAUUAAGUAAAUGGCAGUUUUAUGCUUGUAAAUAAGGUAAAAAUUAGAGAUAAUGAUUGUUUGGGAUGACUUUUCAGUGACUCUAUAUCAUUUUAGUGAAAGUCAUGUCAUUUGAUUCAACACUGAAAGUUUAAUGUUCACCAUAAUUCAAAGUUCAUUUUCUCUUGUUAAAAUAAGUUGGCAGGGUUUACACAAUGUGCUGGUUUGCAGGAUUAACAUGUGUUGCCAAAAAAUGCCAGAUAAAAACUGAAGACUUCAAAUGGGGUUAAAAAAAUUGUGCGCAAGAAUAGAAACUAUUCCUAAGUAGUAUUUUUUCAUAUAGAGUAUUAAAAAACAUGAUUGAUAACCUCUUCAUGUCUCAAUUUGCUUUCUCUUCUUCUCACUGACUGUAUGUGCAGCCUAUCAGAAAGCCAAUUCUUGAACCACAAAAGCUCACCAUCCCUGCCGAAAUCCUUAGGUAAGUCUUUAAAACUACUGGUUUACUGCUUUUGUGAAUGUUUAUUCCAUCUUUGUGAAUUUAUAGAAUUUUCAAAUUUGUAUGCUAAAGAAACAUUCCCAGAUUAAAGCAUUGAAUCUUUCAGUCCUCUUAGAGUUGAGCAGGGGAAGAUACAUGAUCGUUUGGCUGCUCUAGAAAAAUUAGCUGCUGGACAGACUUUGACAAGGACGACAGUGCUAUCUGACAUCAAUGUGACAAAAGGUCAGCAGACGAGCUUAAUAUAAGGAGAUCCCGCCCUUAUCAAAGGCACCCUUACUGUGUUAUUUCUUUUGGUCUAAACUGUUCAUAACUCAUUAGUAGCAUAACAGUCAUAGUACAGUCUUGGAAAACCUUGUAGUCAUGGAAUUUCCAGUAACACUUUCAAGUCCUGGAAAGUUAAGAAGUUUGAGUGUUCAUCAUGGAAAGUCCAGAAGACCAAAAAUAAUUUUUCCUGAGAAGAACAAAAUAAGAUAUAUUGUGAUUGAAUGACUUGUUAAUUGUAAAUCUGAAACAAAGUUUUCAAUCACAAGCCAUGUAAAAUAUCAUAAUAAACUCAGGAAAGGCUGUGUAUUACCUCAGCCAUCCUGAUUUAUUUUUCCUAGUCCAACCAGUCCAACUGGUAUUUAGUUUUUUUUUUUUUUUUUUUUGGGGGUCCUCCUCAGGACAAACUGCAGAGCAAAAACUCCCAUCCUCUCAACAAGCUUCUGGUCUUAUUACUAAGCCUCUAACAGACAUAAACAAGUCAAUUCGUAUGUAUGUUGUUUUUCGCCAGAGUCGCCCAGGACUUCAAAUAGUGCUCUUGUUAAAUCCACACAGUGCAGUCAUCAGGUAAGCAACAAUGUAUGGAUGUAGUAUAGGUAUUAUCAACCUCUUCUCAAGUUGUCUCAAAUGCUUUUGUUGUUUUCAAACACCAAAUUUUUGAUGGAUUGUAGCUUCUGUACUCUUUUAUUUAGAAUUGUUUCAUAACUUAGUCAGCACUUACAACAAGCAGCAUGAAUUUUACAAUAAGAAGUCUCCAGUGGCCUCACAUGUCAAAUGUCCAUUUGCAAUACACACUCAAUAUUCUUAGCAUUCCCUCAAAACACAAGAAAGUACUGAAAAAAGCAAUGUAGGCACAUGAGAAAGUGAAAAACUGUAUCAUUUGAAGUUGGAAUGUAGACAAGACAGCCUCAUUUUCUGACUUUGGAUCACAAAAGUAAAUUUAAUUUUUAAUUUAAGUGUCUUUGAAUCAUCAGAGACUGGAACAGUUUGCCAAACCAUCUCUUCACUGACAAAAUUAGCAUUAACAAAUUGAAAAAAGACUUAAAAAGAUGGAUGAAGAUUUAUUGACACAGAAGCUCAUAUUUAAUUGUAUAUAUUUUCAUCUUAAAUAUAAUUCUUACUAUACCAUUUUGUACUUGCACUAAUGAUUUUACGUGCAUUUUUUAAAUAAUUUUUUAAUAUUUUUAAAGUUCAGUUAGGAGACCUUUUAUAGGGAUAAACCUGUGGUACAACAAAUAUGUAUCAUGUUUAUGAGCAUAUAUGUAUUUGAAUAAAGUAUUAUUAUUAUUAUUAUUAUAAGCAUAUUGGGUACAGUGUGAUAGUAUUAGUACCAUUUAGUAAUAUAAACAUAUUUACAUGUCUAUAUAUUUAUUGUGACAGAAAACCAUGUUGACUGUGGAUGAAAAUUUAAAGGUCAAGAUUAACCCUCACUUCCAAGAGGCACAUAGUAAGGGUCAAAUUUUUAUUCCUUUCAGUUGUGAAUGGUUAUGUAAAGAGUGCAUUCAGAUUCAGUGUCAUUCUGUUAAAACAAAGUGAUCAAAGGGAAACUUAUAGCGAAGGCAUUAAGAAAAUUCCUGGAAGUGCCGGAAAAAGUGAGUGACUGAGGUGGGCUUUGUUUUAACAAUGCACUAGAGUGAUAUAGAGAAUAGCCCUAGUUUUCCAGAGCAAUCCUAAAAUACACUUGAUGCUCAGUUGAUAACUAAUCUGCACUGGCCAAGGCAGGGAUACUAAUGAUAGGUCUUUGGGAAACUGUGGUAUGUUCUUGGGCACUGAGAUUCUUAACUCUUAAAAUGUCUCUCGCUGCUCAUAAUGCAAAAUUCAUACUAGCCAAUGGUCAGCUUGAUGAAGUGUCAACGGUUCAUCUGUGAACUUCUACAGUAUAGCCUCUCAAAAAACAACAGACAUCUAGAUAUGCUCAGACUGUCUGGAAGCAAGAAUUUUAAUGUUCACUCUGUCUGUUAGUUAGUUCCCUUCCUCUCUGGGCCUGUGCUUAUCAUUCUUAUUCUUUUUUUGUUUUUUGGGCAACAGGAAACAAAAUUCUGAAGGUUCUGAAUGAUGGUACCAUAAUAGAGUUGAAAACACUUCAAGGCGUGGGUCAAAAGCGAGCAGAACUCAUAAUGAAUUGGAGAAGAGAACAUGGGCCAUUGCAGCAGGUAAGCUGCGUGGCUGAACAGCUUUUCACAUGUUUUUGUAUCCUGAUUAGUAGGUUAUUUCGUGAUAAAUUUUGGAUAACAAAAUAAAUGUUGAUAAAGAAACUUGGUGGAAAACAAACUGUGUGAGAUGUUUAUGUUUCAAAGAAAAUAUUACAUACACCACCAACCAAAAGCUAAGGUAUUUCUUUACCUACAAAUGUAAUUUGUGUAAAUCAGAAUUGACAUAAAUUAUAAUUUUGCCACCACAGAACAGUGACCUGGGUUCUAGUGUAGUGCACUUGGGGGUUUGAAAUAGUGACCAGUUAGUUAUGUGUGUCAUUCUAUGGUUGGCCUUGCUGCAUUAUCUUGCUUUGUUUAGUUUUCACUUACUCUGUUAGCCUUAAUCUCAUUACCAUCUGUAGUGGUCCCUAUCUUUCUUAGCUACUUUAGGUGGCAUCUUGUUUUCUGCUUGUAUUCAUGUUAUUAGGCUUUAUUUUAUUAGUUUUGCCUUAUAACCCCAAAGGCAACACCAUGGCAUAGGUUUGGGUUACAAGGUCCCUAUUUUUCCAACAGUUGGUUUUUUCAGGUUUACAUGUCCAGCCAUGGUGUGUGCUUAGAAUUACUGUAACAGUGGAGUUUUUCCAUGGGAGUUAAUUAAGUGUAUCUUGGGCGUGACUGACUGAUGCACCCAUGCCUCCAAGUCUUGUUUUGUGUGUUCGGUUGUGUAGUGGAGGCAAAAUAUUGUCUAUCUGCGUGGAGCUCCGGCUACUGGUGCUAAAGCAUUUAAUAUGUUGUGUGUUGAAUUUCAGGUACAAGAUUUAAAACUAAUCAAUGGUUUCACAGACAAAAUGGUUACCUCCUUUCUUAAGGUAGGGAGACUUUAAAGCAAUGGUGUGAGAUGAAAGUUGUCAAUGAUGUGUCCUCUUCAACCCUUUGUCUUCUUCACUCUUGAUUACCACAAUUUUUGUUUUCCUUGCAGAAUAAUCUUUUGAGCCAAAUCACAUUCAGCUCAGAAUAGAGCUGGCGAGUGAAUUGCAGUCAACACAUUUUCUGGGGGCUUCUUGCUUCAUGCCCUAUUCACAUACUACAUUGUAGCACUGUUUAUAUUGAAAAAAUGUUAAUAUUAUGAAAAUGAAGUUCUCUAUAUUUGAGUAAAAUAGAUGUACAGAUUUUGUAUUGGGGUAGUCUAAAAAGCAUCACGAACAAGGGGAAAUUAACAUGUACAGCUACGUUAAAAUGCUGUAACUGCAGCUUUUCUAUAGGAAACUUCCUUUACUACCGGUAUCUGUGUCUACUUCUAGAGUGAAAAACAGUCCAAAAAUACUCAAAUAACCAUGGACAAUUUUUAGUUUGGCAGAUGAAAACAAUAGGCACUUCAAUUCAAUAGCUGAUGUACUCAAUCACAAAUUUUUUUUUUUAACAAUUUAAAACAGUCAUGAGGAAAACGAGACAAGGAUGAGCUGAGCAGUUUGAUGACUUUAAAAAUUAAAAGUACAUUUUAUGACUGAUUUAAGUCUUUGUCAUUAAGAAGUAACCCUUAUUCACUAUAUCUGUGAUUAUCAAUUUCCCUUACUUUAACCUCGAUUGCAAACAAAAUUGCAGGAUUUUCAAUUAGGAUCUUUUCAAUGAGAUUUUUUUAGUCAGAAUUAAGGUUAAUUUAAUGUCUGGAUGUACUAUAUAUUGUAGAGUAAAGGCCAUAAAGUCCAGCUCCACAAGGUAACAACAAAAGGCCUUUGGUAGUGUUUAUAUUUGGUAUGCAUGUCACUUUGUUGAUAGAAAGUUUUCUCUCUUCUGCUCUGAUGACCAACACAGUCAUACAUCUCCUUCAUAUAUCACUUUGAUUGAUCAAGAAGGAUUUUUUAUAGGAAAUAACAUGAUUACUAGGAGCAUCUGGGAUAUACUAGAGGAGUGAUAUUUCCAAAUUACUCAAAGAGGUUCUUCAGUUGAUUAUCAUUUCCUUUAUUCUCGUGACCUAAAUGUGUGACUCAGGGGGGAUAUUGAAUGGAGAAAUUAGAUGCUAGUCACUCUCAGGGAUUAAAGUGUUAUUAGCUGUACACAUUUUCAUGUAUAUACUCCUUGCAUUUGUUAGCAACAAUAGCUAAGAUUGUUAGGAAAGCAAACAAACAAGUGAACAGAAGACAGUGAAAUGAGGGAAACUGUAAACUUUACCAUGUGAUAGAAAAAACAUCACAGAAUACUUAAGAGGGGAAACUUGAAUUGU